UCUCCCGUGAAGAGAACGCAUCACUUGAGAUGUUUUCCUUCCCCCAACCUACAGUCUACCAGACAUCAAAAUGCUUCAUAACGUACGGAUCCAUGGCCCACGUUGAGCAAGGAAAAUUGCCUACCAAAGGAAAACCAUGGCAUCCCAUCCUUCACCAGGGCUUCAAUCACAAGAUUGACCUUGUGCUUCCGGAUGAAUGCUAUGAGCUAGUCAAGCAGAAGCUCGUCGAACGACGUGCCCCUCCAGUAUACUACAGGGUUGUCAUGACCCUGGGUCAGAUUCUCGACGGCCUGUUCUUCAACGAGUACAUCAAGCGAGGAAACAUUCUCAUGUUGUCCGAGGGCCGGAAAACGGUGGAGAAUGUCUUCUCCUUGCGGGAAGGCCUACUCACCAUGUAUUUGGACAAGGAAACGUAUGAACGGGCCGGGUUGGUGGGCAAGCCGCACGGCGCCAAAGGUGGCCGGGGAGUCAAGCCGAGGUGGAUCGUCAGCUACCAAUUGCGGGAUCCCUGCAUGCUUCACGGCAAGAAGGGUUUUGACAGAUUGACCUAUGCCUGCAAGAAUGUGCUCAACCAGCCAUUGACAUGGCUCUUUUGCGAUUUGAGUCCCACUCCUGCGAACCCGGAUCCUCUCCAGCAAUACGCGCCAGUCAAGUUCACCUCCAACCCCGGUUUGCAUCCGGCUCUUCAAGUCGAGAUGCCGACUCUCACCAUCCCUUCAGAGAUCCUUACCCACGGGAACCGUCCCGACCUGGAAGAUUUCGCCACCGAACUAUAUGAAUGGUUCUCCCUCGUCCGCCUGGGAAGCCCUCGCGUCGCAGCAAACGACGACAUCGAUACCUAUCUAUCGCGCUACCGCGUCCCCGACGAUGCAGGCCCGACCACAAAGUCCAAGGUCUGCAAGCUGACCUGGCAGGGUUUCCUCACCGCCGACUGGGUGCGGGGGCUGCUCAUCGACGUGCUCGCCACCCUGCCUUCUCGGACGUGGUUCUCGCUGAGCGCGACUUCCUUCUCCCAAGGCAUGACGGGAGACGGCUCAGAAGUGGCCUUCUUACGGCCGCCCAACUCUGCGGGCCAGUAUCUGAUGUGGGAGAUCAAGGGCCAGGAUGCAUGAUGCACGGGGGAAAAGAAGGAAAAAAAAAAAAAAGACCACACUUUUAACCUUCUCUCG